CCUUUCCAAUCGGAAAAACCCUAAAAUUCUCAUUGCUAUUAACAUUGUUUUGCAACUUUUGAACUGCGGAGUACAUGGUAAUAAUAAUAAUAAAAGCUACGACAAAUCUUUGAUAAUUUUUUGGAUUUUUAUUUUCGAUCAUAAGAAAAUUAGUUUGGAAAAUGACGAAGAAGAUUUUGUCGAAAAGAGAGUUGUUGGAUCGAUGGAGAGGCAUCGAAGAAGAGGAAGAAGAAAACGACGAUACCGAUCCUUCUGUACGCCGUCGUCUUCACAAGCGCAAAGAAGAAUGGUUUGGAGAUGCAUUUAGUUUCUUGAUAUGUUUGCCAAAGGAAAGUCAUAUCUGGUGUGGCUCUUGGGACAUAAUGGGCCCUCUUUUGGAAACUUUCUACAAUUAUUUCAAAGAUGAAUGCAAUGAUUCUCCUCUCAGGCUUCUGUGGAAAAGGAUCUCUGAGGAAAUGCGUCAUUGCAUCCAAUGUGUUUCUCAGCAUCAUCAAGCCCAAGAGAUGUAUAGCAUGGAGUAUGAGUUGUGCUCCAUAGGCCCCCUUCUUGAUGUAUUGCGGAGCCUUGAUGAGGAAAGGGUGACGCAACAUUUGAGAGAGAUAAAUGAAAGAUUGGUGCGACAGGAGUAUGAUCCUGUAUGUGAUAAUGCUGAGGUUGUCAACCUCAUGUAUGAGGUUCUGAUGUUUCCUGUCCUAUUAGAUGAUCAGUCCUUGUUUAUAGAAUUUGAAAGAUUCAUUGAGGCAGUGGAUAAUAUGCAUGAACUGGCUUUGGCUGGGAAUCAACAGUUUCCGGGUGUUUAUGCGUUGCUUUUUUUCAAGAGAAGAGUGCGGACUGUUGGUCAUCGUUUAGCCAGAUCUAUGGGAAAAUUGAGAAGAGCAACAGACUUGGAACCUUUGCAACCUUUGCUUAAAAAAUUCAUUGGCUCUUUGGAGAAUGAAGUAUUGCCUUCAACUAUAGAGACUUCAAGGACAAGGGCACAGCUGGACCGGUUACCCAUAUGGCUUGGGAUUACAUCAUUGCUUGAGUUCUUGGAACCUCCAGCUUUUGAAGAGGGAAUACUGGAGCGCUAUCCCAUCUUUUUUGAUAUUGUUCUCAAUCACAUCAGCGGUGAUUCACCUGAGUUUUCCCAUGCUGUUAGUUGCUUAAAAGAACUCUUCAAAAUGCUUGGUUGUAAGCUUUGGCUGCGGUCUACGUUAUCUCCAAGUGUGAUGCGCAACACGUUGUUGGGUCAGUGUUUUCACACUAGAAGCGAGAAGAUACAUAAAGAUAUUUUUGAUCUUUUCCAGCCAUUUCUACAGUCACUUGAAGCUUUGCAAGAUGGGGAACACGAAAAGCAACGCAGGCAUUUCCUUUAUUUUCUUCUCCAUCAAGUUCCUGUGAGCAGUAACUUCAGUGUUUUAACAAGAAAAACAGCCUGCAAGAUUGCUCUUCUUAUCAUACACCGAGGCUACAAGAUGAAUCCACCAUGCCCUCCUUUUGAAUGUGCGCAUAUGUGGGGUCCUUCGCUGGUGUCUUCUUUGAAGGAUUCUUCACUCCACAGUUCCCUGCAGCAGCCAGCCUUUGAUCUAGUACAAACCAUUCUUGUGUCUGAUGCUGCUGCCCUAAUAACUUCAAUGCUGAAUUGCAGCACUGCUAGUAGUAUUGGGAAAAGCACUUGUAUUGAACUAGAUGAUGAGGAAGAAGAUAAUGAGCUUCCAUUUACUCAGGUUAUUGAAGGAAAAAAUAUGAGUUGUUGGAGUGAAUUCAGUGCUCAGAGCCAAAUUACUUCUCAGGAGUAUAGAGAGUGGAUGUGCAUUCCCAUGUUGUGGAUUGAUGUUCUAGUUGACAUUGAUCCUCCACUUCUCCCAAUAUCAUUUUCCAAGGCUGUAUUAUGGGCUCGAUCUCGUUUCCCUAUGGUAGAGCCUGAGAAUAGUGCAGAAGUGGCUCUUGAUGUUAGAGGUUGGCUUUCAUCUUCUGCAGCAGAAAUCUCCUCUACCUUUGGAUGGAAGUUACCAACAGGUUCUGAUGAUGGUGGAGGGAAGGAAUCUAAAAACUCAAUAAGAUUGAUUACAACAUGUCUUCCUUUAGUAAAGACAUUCAACAGGUUAACUGCACAUUUUUUGGUGCGAAUGGGGCAAGGGGAACUUCGAAAGCAAUGGACUUGGGAACCGAGGAUGGGUGAAAGCUUGAUCCUCUUGCUUGUUGACCCUAAUGAUAAUGUGAGGCAGUUUGGCAAGUGUAUCUUGGAACAAGUUUCAAAUACGCGGGGUCUUGGUUGUGGUUUGAAGUUUCUUUGCUCUGAUGGUGCUUCUCUAUCUGCUGUUUAUUUGGGCUUGAGGCAUGCCUUGAAACUGGUUCAGUUAGAUACUGUUCUAUUAAAGUUUCAGACUUUGCAUCAUUUUUUCUUUGUUCUACGCAAGUUACUUAAAGAUGAGGAAUUGCCUAAUUCGGAUAUAGCAGAAAAUUCAUCCAAUGCCUCAAAUAUCAUGAAGUACACUUCUCAGGGUGGAUUUCUUAAGCAGCCACUCUUUGAUGCUUUGCCUACAAACAUGGGCAGAAAUCACUCAAGUAUUGACCUAAAAAUAAGGGAAAAUUUCUGUUACUCAUUGUCAGAAAUUGCAUGGCCAACUAUAUGCAAGUGCUUAAUAGAAGGGAAGGCAUUUAUUGAUUACAGUCUUUGUCAGAUGACUUGUGUUCGUGUGCUUGAGAUCCUCCCUGUUCUAUUUGAAAGACUUGGUCCAUCAUUUGUUAGACCAUUUGGAGAUUCUGAAGUGGCAUUAGGGAAUUUAAUGGAUUUCAAAUGGCUUCAUGAUCUCAUGGACUGGGGAAAGUCGCAACUUAAGGUCAUUGUUGUAUAUUGGAAAAAGGCCAUAAUCUCUUUGCUGAAUUCACUCAAAGUGUUAAGGAGUGAUAGUCCUUCAUUGAUGGUUGUGGCCAUUGAAAAUCUUAUUUCAAGCGAUGCUGUUGACAUGGAUGAAUUGACAGAACAAGUAUCACGUCUUUGUGUUACAUUAUCUAAAGAAGUUUCCUGUGAUAUUGAAAAUUCAACCUUGAGGUCAAAAAAGUCAUUUUCUGGAGCAUUUUCUGUUGAGGGAAGGUACUCUGUACCGGGUGUGCAGGCUUCUUCUGUUGAAGAAACAGAUGUAAAGGUCUUGGAUUCCUUAAAAGUGGCAAAAAGGAAGAAUGAAAAUAAUCUGAUUGUUCUCUCUGAUGAUGAGGAGGAGAAAGAUAUGGCAUCUGACAAGUCAAAUCACCACAUGUUGCAUGAUGAGUCAGGGUUCCUUUGUUCUGAUGAGCGUACAUUGGGAACUGGCCUUGCCAAGAAGGAUGUGCGUAGCACCACCACUGAUACUUCAAAGGAUUUGUUGGAGGCUCCCUUUGAAAGAGAUUCCCUUGUUUCUCAGAAGCAGGAAUUUGAGAGAUCAAGAGUCAAACCACCACUUUCUCUCAAGUCAAAAGGUCCUGAUGGUGAGAGGAAAGAAAGAAGUUCCAACUCCAAAUCUAAUGUUAUUUCAUCUCAAUGUAGAGUUGAUCAGAAAAACAAGUUUGAUGAACCUGUCAAAUCCCGCUGCAGUAAUCAGGGUUGCAAUAAAACUUUCUCUGGAACAAGUGACAGAAUUUUGAAGGAGUUAGUACAUGAUGCUGCAGGUGAUCCAUUGGAGGCUGCUUUCAAAACUGUGAGAGUACAGCCGUCAUUUCUUGCAAAGUCAGGUUCUUUACUUCCUAAAAGGCAAGUCAUUCAACUUAAAUCACCUUUUGAAAACAGAUCUGGCCUACAUAGGCUGGAAGCUCACGUUAAAAGGUUCAAACCUCCAAGACUUGAUGAUUGGUUUAGGCCAAUAUUAGAAAUAGAUUUCUUUGUAACCGUGGGAUUAGCAUCUCCUGGAGAAGAUGAGAGUCGCACUUUUAACAAAUUAAGGGAGGUUCCUGUGUCAUUUCAGUCACCUGAACAGUAUGUAAACAUUUUUCAGCCAUUGGUUUUGGAGGAGUUUAAAGCACAAUUGCAUAAUUCCUUUCUGGAGAUGUCUUCAUGGGAAGACAUGUAUUGUGGAACUAUAUCUGUGCUGUCAGUUGAGAGGGUUGAUGAUUUCCAUCUUGUUCGAUUUGUCUAUGAGGGUGAUGAUUCUACAGCGUCUAAAAGCUUUUCAGAGAAUGAUCUUGUUUUGCUCACUAAAGGGCCUUUGCAAAGUAUCUCCCAUGAUGUUCAUAUGGUUGGAAAGGUGGAGAGGCGUGAGAGAGGCCAUAAAAGAAGGUCAAGUAUACUGUUGGUUCGGUUUUAUCUUCAAAAUGGUUCAAUACGUUUGAAUCAAGUCAGGAGGCAGCUUCUUGAACGUAGUAAAUGGCAUGCAAGUCGUAUAAUGAGCAUUACUCCCCAGCUUCGAGAAUUUCAGGCACUAUCCUCAAUAAAGGAUAUCCCCUUACUUCCUGUCAUUUUAAACCCUGUCAAUGAUUCUACCAUACCUGAUAAGCCAAGAGUAGAUUUUAAUAAGCUGUCUCAGCCCUUACAGCAAAUAUUGAGGUCAUCCUUCAAUGAUAGCCAACUUCAAGCUCUCAAUGUUGCUGUUGGAUCACAGAGGAUAAAGAAAGAUUUUGAAUUGUCUCUUAUUCAGGGUCCUCCGGGGACUGGAAAGACCCGAACUAUUGUGGCCAUGGUUGGUAUUUUGCUUGCUUCCUUUCAGCGGAGAACAAAUGAAUCAGAGAAUUCUCAGAAUGGUGAUUUGAAACAAAGCUGUAGUUCUUUCACCAAUUCAAGGGCACGGAUAAGCCAGUCCACUGCAGUCGCAAGAGCAUGGCAGGAUGCUGCCUUGGCUAGACAAUUAAGUGAGGAUGUUGAAAAGUCAAAAAAAUCAAUAGAAAGUUCUACAAGAGGAAGAGUGUUGAUUUGUGCUCAGUCAAAUGCUGCAGUAGAUGAGUUGAUGUCAAGAAUAUCUAGUGAAGGUCUCUAUGGGAGAGAUGGAAAGAAGUAUAAACCAUAUCUUGUAAGGGUUGGAAAUGCAAAAACAGUGCAUCCAAAUUCACUACCCUUCUUUAUUGAUACGCUUGUUGAUCAUCGUUUGGCAGAAGAGAAAAUGCAUGCAAGUGAUGCUAGGAAUGAUUCAAGUAUAGAGUCUUCUUCUAUGGUGCUGCGAUCUAAUCUGGAAAAGCUUGUUGAAAAUAUCAGGUUCUAUGAAACCAAGCGUGCGAACAUACGGGAUGGCAAUUCAGAUCUGAAGAGAACAUUGGAAGAUGGAGCUGAUAAGGCAACUGAUAUGUCUGAUAUGGAAAUAGAGGCAAAGCUACGACGAUUGUAUGAACAAAAGAAACAAAUUUAUAAAGAUCUUAGUGCCACUCAGGCAAAAGAGAAGAAGAAUAAUGAAGAAACCAAAGCAUUAAGAAAUAAACUGAGGAAGUUUAUUCUAAAGGAAGCUGAAAUAGUUGUAACCACAUUAAGUGGCUGUGGUGGAGAUCUCUAUGGAGUAUGCGCUGAAUCCAUAUCAAGUUUGAAGUUUGGCAAUCCAUCCGAACAAACUCUUUUUGAUGCUGUUGUGAUUGAUGAAGCGGCUCAAGCUUUGGAACCUGCUAGUUUGAUUCCUCUUCAGCUUUUAAAGUCAAGAGGGACAAAAUGUAUCAUGGUUGGUGAUCCGAAGCAGCUUCCAGCAACAGUUCUCUCUAAUGUUGCAAGCAAAUUUAUGUAUGAAUGCAGCAUGUUUGAGCGCUUACAAAGAGCUGGUCAUCCUGUUGUUAUGCUUACUGAACAGUAUAGGAUGCAUCCAGAGAUAUGUCGCUUCCCUUCUUUGCAUUUUUAUGACAAGAAGUUGCUGAAUGGUGAUACAAUGUUGAGCAAAUUAGCAUCAUUUCAUGGGACCAAGGGCCUUGGCCCUUAUUUGUUUUAUGAUGUUGUUGAUGGUCAGGAGCUUCGUGGCAAGAAUUCUGGUGCAUUAUCCCUUUAUAAUGAACAUGAGGCCGAUGCAGCAGUCGAACUGCUUAGAGUUUUCAGGAAAAAGUAUCCAUCUGAGUUUGUUGGGGGCAGAAUUGGCAUAAUAACUCCGUACAAGUGUCAGCUCUCACUUUUGCGUUCUCGCUUUUCUAGUGCAUUUGGUUCUUCUGUUAUUGCUGAUAUAGAGUUCAAUACUGUGGAUGGUUUUCAAGGCCGGGAGGUUGAUAUAUUGGUACUUUCCACAGUUAGAGCAGCAGAUUCAAGUUCUACACAUGGCAUAAGUUCUAGUAUUGGGUUUGUUGCUGAUGUAAGACGAAUGAAUGUUGCUUUAACAAGAGCCAAGCUCUCUCUUUGGAUUUUGGGGAAUGCAAGGACUUUGCGGACAAACCAUAACUGGGCUGCUCUUGUGAAGGACGCUAAGCAGAGAAAUUUGGUUCUAUCAAUUAAAAGGCCUUACAAUAUCGUUUUUAAAACAAUUGCUAGGAAGAAUCCUGUUCCAGAAGAUUCUGAUAAUCAUCUGAGUCAUGUGAAGCAUAUCGAAAAGGUUGGAGGUACCGGCCAGCUUGUUAAACAAAACAAGUGUAUGGAAAAGCUAAAGUUUGAAGGGAACAGCAAGCAUGUUGCCAAUGUGUCUCACUGUAUCAGGACUGUUUCCGGAGAUGACAAUGACUCUGUGAAAAGGAAAGAUAUUCCCUGUAGCAAAAGAAAAGAAAAAGAUGAUUGUGGUCCUCCAAUUAAAAGGAAUAUUUCAUCUGCAUCUGUAAAUGGUGAAAAAGAAAAAGCACAGAAUGUGAAGUCUACAAUUUUGGAGAAACUUGUUACAGGUAAUGGAAGCCAAGAGGAAAAGGGUAGUGAAGUAAAACUCAACUUGGAGAAAACCCAUAUGGAUGAGAGAAAAAGUAACAACAAUACUGGAGAAGAAGUGGGUCAUAGUGGGAAAAAUAAGAAAUUUAAUAUGCCUAAAGGAUCAAAGAAAUCUUCUGGGCAUGAACAAAGAAGUUUGCAUGCUUCAACUCCCAGACCUGAUGGCAACAAAAAGGAGAGAGAAGCAAAUGAAGGUGGUAGAGAUACUAAGGAAGUUGGCAAUUCUCAAAAUUUAAAUGCUAAAAGGAAACAGCAACGUGAAGCAGUUGAUGCUAUUCUUUUCUCAGCUCUAAUUCCCUCAAAGAAGUCUGAACAAUCAACAAAAGCUUUGCACCAAAAAAGGCCUCUUUCCCCACCUUCAGUUGUAAGUGGUGGCUUCAAACCACCUAAGAAAAUGAAAGGUCCACCAAAAUCCUAAAAAAGGGGCACUGCGCGAUCAGAUUCAUCAAUAGUACAGUGAAAUAGACAAUUCUUUGAGCUUGUAGGACCUAAGGAUGAAAGUCUUCCACUUUUUUGAAGGAAGGAGUUUGAUGAAGUGCAAUUAUCGUCUUUGUAAAUAGUGAUAUUGUAGAAAGAAGAUUUUGGGGCUCCUAAGUUGCAAGGAAUGAGGUAAUCGGCUGCAUUCUCUGCGUCUCAUGAUCAGCAAACUAGGUCCGUACUUUGUUAACAUGCAUGUACCUUAGUGAGUUUUCUAAGUUGUAGAGAAGUAUAAAGAAGAUUGGAGUAUGGGGCAGGGGAAUAAUUUACAGCAUUUCCUCAGCUUCUCAACGUAGGAAUUGUAGCUUUUGACAAUGUCCCUGGUUUUGCAUUUCUUGUUGAAAGCUUGUCUAUAUUACUUAUUGUAAAUACUUGGUAUUUUUUGUUACCAGUGAAAUUAUAGAAAAAAACUCAAGGUUUAUUGGA